AGGAACUGAGAGGAAGCUUUCCAUGUUGAGCUUUAAUUAGGCCGAAUUUUAGGCUAAUCAUCCUGAAAAUCGAUACUCUGCCUGCAAAUCUGUUUGUUUUCUGGACAUCGAAUAAAGAUGGGACAUAACAAAAUGGAGCAAGCAAGCAUGUGUCACUGCAGCCAGGCUCGAGGCAGUCUGGUCUGUGCCACCCUUAAAGCCAUACAGACGGCCGGACUGGCAGACAGCUGCCUCGCAGUCCAUUGCACAGUAUGGAGGCUCUGUAUAUCCAACCCAGAAAAGAGGAUGGGCUGAUUACAGAAGAAAAAGAGCGCGGGGAAAGUGCAGAACAGGAAGCAGAAGAAACAGAGGCCCUGUCUCCGUUGGGCUCCACCACAGACGAAGACACAGACGAAGACUCAGAACCGGAGCCCCCACCUGUUGCUCGCAGGAAGGUGUCAUUUGCUGAUGCAUUCGGCCUCAACUUGGUAUCAGUUAAGGAAUUUGACAAUGUUGACGUCACAGAGCAACAAGGCGACUCGCCUCCCGAGAGGGAAGCAACCUGUGUUUUGGAGGAAUUCCACAUGAUAUGUCUGUUUACGGUCCCUUCAUCCCAGGAGGAGCUGGACCAGAGACUGCAGGAGCAGAAGGUUGAGCUCGAGAGCAUAGAGCUUCUCCCAGGAACCACCACUCUCCGCGGUAUUAUCAGGGUGCUCAACCUCUGCUACAGUAAGUAUGUUUAUGUACGGAUCAGCCUGGACUGCUGGAACAGCUACUUUGACAUGAUGGCAGAGUAUGUUCCCGGAUCUAGUGACAGGAAAACAGACAGGUUUUCUUUCAAAUAUACUCUGAUUCCUCCCUCUGGGAAAGAGAGGACCCGAGUGGAUUUCUGCCUGCGGUACGAGACAUCAGUGGGCAUGUUCUGGGCUAACAACAAGGAGAUGAACUAUGUGCUGUUCUGCCACAAGAAAGGACCAGGGAAAGAGCAUGGGCGUCCAGAGGUAGAGGAGAGUAACAGCUACAAGGGCAAGCGGAGCUGUCUCAAACUCAACAGGAGGGGAAGUGCAGUGGAAAAGGCUGAGGAGUCGAUUAACACAACAACAGUUUCUGCAGAAGCACUGGCCACUCAUUAUGCAGAGGAGGCUGUCAGAAAGACAAUGGACAACACAGAGAUACAGUCAUUAUUGUACCAUGAAGAACACAAACCUCUGGUGGAUAGCAUAAAAACCUGGCACAGAACACCCCGUUUGGCACGUCUACAGGAUUCCCCAUCCCAGAAGAGACAAGUACCAAAGACUUAUUCACAUGACUUCACCACUGGCCAAAAGGUCUCUCAGCCCACGACAGCUGCAUGGAGUGAAUCUGCGAGCGCUCUCUACAACCAGCGAAAGAAACCCACCGACAGUCCACAGGUUCUCACGUACCAUCAGAUCCCUCUGCUUACGCUGGACUGGAAAAGUGACAAACGGCAGCCGUGGGGAGCUGCUGACGUGGACGACAUUUGGAAUGAAAGUGCUAAACCGACCAAGUCAAAAGCAUUCAAAGAGGAUACGCCUUCUAUUAGUGACUUGUGGGAGACCUUUCUUAGUGGCACAGAUGAUACCAGUGAUAAAGAAACAUCAGUGUGUGAUAUAUGGCAGACGUUUCUAAAUGAGCCAAGCUGCAAGGACCAUUCCGGUGUUCCCGAGUCAGAGUGGCUGCAAAGCGCCACAUCGGUGUCCCCCUCAAAUCAUAAGGAGCCCCAGAUGCAAUAUUUAGCAAGCAGUCAAGCGUUCCAAGAAUUUCAGUUGGGGUUGGAUACAGCCACCUCUUUGCAAGCAGAGACCUCAGCGGCAUGUCACCCACCGUCCGACAAAUGCGAAGCAUCGCUGUCUGAUGUCGCCUUGAACACUGAAGCCCACCUGCCAGCAGAGGCAUGUGUCAGCGGGCCAAGGGAUGACAACAGAGAGACACAAGAUGCGUCCCGAAGGUCACCGACAACCUCUGCAACAGACACUUCAACAGACACUAGCCUCCAGGGGGCAAUGCCCGUGUCCGGGGGCACUGUUGACAGUUCAGCUGAGUGUCACGAGCAUGCAAUCUGGGAGCGAGCGGGAGAAGGAAUAAUAGGAGUAGCAGAAGGUAUAGGUGGAGAUGAGCCUGUCACACUGUACACAGCUAACUUAGUAACAAGCUCAGGGGAGUUGAAGACAACAGACAUGACAGCAAUGGCAGAAUCUCAGAAUGCCAGCAGCGUUGAUAUGAUCUCCCAGGGAGCAAGGCUGGAUGAGGGUCUUUCUUCUAGUGGGGAAGAGGAGGUUACAGGUACUGCACACAAUACAACGGAUGACACACUGGCAUUUAGGAAGACAAUCAGACAGGGGACAACGGAUGGGGAGACGGUUGUCUUUUCCACAUCCAGACAAAGAGCAGUGGAAAAGAUCAUGACAAACUGUAUGGAAAAUAAAGUAUCUACAGCAGAGGAGAUAUUUAGGCCACAUAAAACAGGGGGGUGUGAAAUAUCCCAGAGUUAUGCAGAUGAAAAACACGGCGAGGAAUUCAGGCUGAACCGCAAGAAUGAAAAUCCAUUACAGGAGAAUGAGAGAGAUGAAAAUGAAAUAAGACCUGCACAGUCACAGGCACACGAAUUCAAUCCAAGCCAAACAUAUGAGGAAAAUAUCAGACCGAGCCUCAUAAUGGGAAAUGAAUUCAAAUUGAAUGAAUCAGAAAACAAAGGCACGGCAUCAGGUAACAAAGACCUGGUGGGAUUCAGACAGGCACAGGUUGAAAAUUCCUUUUGUGCUCAAACCACAGAUACAAAGGGACCAAUUAGUGCAGAAUCUGAAGUAUUUUUAGUUGAGGAGGCACGGCAACAUAAUGAAAAAGCUUUGCAAAUAAAUUCAUCAGUCUGGCAGGAGGGAGACGCACCAAUCAUUGCGGAAGUACAUAAUAAACAUUCAAGGCCAAAUAAAGCAGAGGAAGACCUGUAUGCUCAGAAAGAGGACGCGGAGGAGAACUUGGUGACAGUGAUACAAAAAGAGGAAAAUGCACUUAAACCAAGACCAGGUGAAUAUGAAUCCGUCUCAAAUCAGGCGGAAGGAGCAGAGAGUUUGAGUUGCAGUGGAAUAAUUGUAGAGCGACAAGAAACAAACCCAUCACUGCAAAGCACACACAGUGUGGAGAUUAGAGAAGGGGUCGAGGUCCUCGAGAGUGACCGCAAUACAGUCGGCCCUUUUCCCGCAGAUGAAUGCGACCAGAAUGUGAUGGAGGCAGCAGAGCUGAGAGUGGUAUCAUCACAGAACGUUACGGAGGGUCGGAGAGAGAUUGUAGGCAGUGAAAUGAGCCCAGGAGGAGUCACGGCGAAUGAGAAUCUCGCAAGUCGAGACACUCAACACCAGCCUGAGACAAUAGAAAGAAUAGAGGACGAUGUGAGUCAGACAGUCAGCGAUGAAAGAAUGAGUAUUGGAAAGCUGGAAAUAGAAGCAAGAGUUGAGUCGAUGGGUCACGUGGAGGACCCUCAGCGGGGGAGCAAUAACGUGUCAGCCGAAUUAAACCCAACACGUGUUGAAUACAGAAAACUGUCUGAGGGAACAAAAGACCCCAUUACAGCAGAAAGUACUGUAGCACGUGAGGUGGAGGAGUUGAGAGUGGAGGAGAUAUUCAUAGAAAGAUUUGGUGAAGAUUUGGUCAGGAGGAUUUGGGAAGAGGUGUUCAGUCGCAAAGUGCAGGACACAAAUAUUAUUAUACCUGAUAGCACACAUAACUGCAAUCUUCUUUGCCCGGAAGGUAAUAACUCGGGUGUAUUCUCUUCAAAGGAUCAGAGUCUAAGAUUGUGUCGAGGCCCAGAGCAAACCACAGCGAGUGGUAGCAAAGAACUCUCCCCGACACAAAGUAGUCACUCGCUCAUCGCAACAAAUAAACCCCACUUUGGCAAUGAAUUACAGACAGAUUUCAACUUGAGUGCUCAUCUCAGUCGAGAUCUCACUGCCACUUUAACUGCUCUGAGUAGGCAGUCGCUGGCUGAAUCAGCUCAGAGCACCGGCUCUCCAAAGAAUCAGGAAAACUGCUCUCAAAUACGAAAAGGAUCAGUCAUCCAGCAGGAGACAGGUAGACAAAGAGAAGACUGUUCUGGGCAAUUAAAAGAGCCUAAUGGUCUCGUAUGGUGGAGUAUAUACGUGCUCACUCACAUCACCAGACUUCUAAUGUGCACCCUUUUAGUUGUCGGAUUUUUUGUCACCCUUUUCCUCUUUGAUUUCCCAGCGUUCUGUGCGGCCUACAUGUUUUCCCUGUGCUGGUGGUUUUAUAAGUGGAAGACACACCGGGCGGAGGUAGUCAAAGGCACGAGCAGAGAGUUCGCAGAGAGACGAGAAGGCGCUCAAGAGCGUUUAAUCAACAAUACAUAAAAUGUAAAAUGAACAGAAUCGUCUUCCAUAUUUUCAUACUGCAUUUUCAGACUGGCGUGGCUAUUGUUGCACCUUAAAACUCUUGCUACCUUUUGUAUGUGUCUCCCAGUAAGAAGUAGUUCAGGCGCAGAGUGAUUAUUAUUAUUUUUUUUUUCCUUUCUCUUUGUUGUUUUCACUGGUGAAGUGACAUCACACACAGAUACAGUAUAUAUACAAACAGACAACCAUUACACUGAACAGAGACUAGGGCAUUAGGAUAAAGCCGGUAUAGGAAAGAAAGAAAGAAAGAAAGAACAGAAUACUGUAGAAAACCAGGGAACUCAGGGGUUGGGAGAAGUCAUUUUUACAUUUUGUAGCUGGCAGUGUUACUUAAGUAUCCGAAAUGGUUAUGAGAUAAUAAAACUUUGAGAUUGUGAUUUUAAUUAAACUCCUCAUUUUAAAGUAGAAGGAUGUUGUUUCUCUGUUGUUGGUUAUAUUAAUUGUGGACUUAACUAUGGACUUAAAUUGAUGUAGUGGAGAAACCCGCAACUUCUGCAUUAAUUAUCAGUGAAGUGACGGUAUGGAUUGGUUGUUUGGGAAUUGGUGAUAAAGAUUAUUGUUGUCAGACAUGGUGCAGGUGAAGAUGUUGUUGUUGAUUUGAUCGGUUUUCCAGCAGGCUGUAAGAGAGUUUUUACGUGGAUGUCGUUCUACGUCUAGCAUCAUGUUGUUGUACUUGUGUUUUUGGGUCUCAUUUGAAUAUUUCAGCUGGUUUGUCAAGAAGUUGUGAGGAAAGAUAACGCGGCGACCUUUUGGAUUUUUCAUUUCCCCCGAGAUUCUAUUUUUUUCCCAGUAUAAUUGAGUUGUCAGCGGCUCAUGUAACAAAAACUAUAAUGAGUGUGAGUGUAAGCUUGGUGCGACAUUUGAAGUCAUCCUGUUUUCUUAAAUUCUGUCAGUGAAGAGGUGUAAUUGACGAGUAGAGCCAGGGAAACAUAUUAAGUCAGCAUCUUCAUACAUUGGCUAAGUUGUUGCAUUUGCUGAUGUCAAAGUUCGGCAGAUAAAUUAUAAAAUUGACACAAUUUGGCCUUUUAAAUCUGUCUGGUUCUUGUUAAUCAGUGAUAACCAAAAACUCUUAACAAAAAAAAACUCACAAUAACUCACUUGUUGUCUUAGUCCAUUCAGAUUUAUGUGUAUGUUGUGUGUGUGUGUGUGUGUACAUUUGCUGUGUUUUAUGGGCCCAAUAUUACUUGACAGUGUACCUAAUGGAACAAAGUGACUUACCUAGCUUUUCUUCAAUAAAGGAAAUUCAUGUGA